AUGUCAUUAAAUACAAAUGUUAUGGAUACAUGGAUUGUAUCUUAUACUCAAACAUUAUUGGAUUUUGUUAAACAAGAAAUGAAUGCUUAUCGUUUAUAUACGGUUGUACCUCGUCUUGUUAAAUACAUCGAUAUGUUGACGAAUUGGUAUGUCAAAUUAAACAAAAGACGUUUUAAGGGUGAAACAUCAAUGGAAGAUUGUCUUACUUCAUUAAAUGUCCUUUGUUAUAUUCUUUUAACAAUGGCUAAAUUAAUGGGACCAUUUACACCAUUUCUUGCUGAAUAUAUGUAUCAAAUUUUAAGAAAACUAAUGCCACAAUCAUCAACUACUUCUGAACAAGAUCUUAGUGUUCAUUUUCAAAUGAUGCCACAAUCACAAGAAACAUUAGUGAAUAAAACUAUUGAACGUUCUGUUGCUGCUGUUCAAACAGUUAUUGGUUUGGGUAGAACUGUACGAGAACGAAAAGUUGUUCCAAUGAAAUAUCCAUUACCUGAAUUUGUCAUUAUUCAUAAAGAUGCAUCUGUAUUAAAAGAUCUUGAAUCAUUAGAAGAUUUUGUUCGAGAAGGUUUGAAUGUACGAAAAGUAACAUUAUCACACGAUCGUGAACUUUAUGGUGUUGAAAUGCGUACUGAACCGAAUUUUCCAACAUUAGGAAAGAAAUGUGGAGCUAAAGUUAAAUCUGUAACUGAAAAAAUUCGUGCAAUGACUGAUACAGAUAUUGAAAAAUUAUUAUCGAAAGGUGAAGGUGUAAGUCCAUUAACAGUUAUUGAUGAUGUACCAAUUGAAUCAGAAGAUGUUCAUAUUGUUUAUCGUGUUGCCAAACAAACACAAUACGAAGCAACUGCUGAACAAGGAUUUGUUGUUUUACUCGAUUAUACAGCUGAUGCAUCGUUAAACGAUGAAGGUCUCAUUCGUGAAAUUACAAGUCGAAUUCAAAAACUUCGCAAAGAAGCUAAAGUAAAGCCAACUGAUGAUAUAACUAUUUAUUAUUCAGUAGAACCACAAACAAGUGAAAUCGCUCGUGUUGCAUCAGCACAACGAGGAGAAAUUGAAGUCAUCCUUCAAAAACCAUUUCGACCAUUAGCAGAGAAAGACCAAAGUCCUGUUGUUAUUGAAAAGAAACUCCCGGUGAAAGAUGGUGAAAUCGAAUUUGUUAUCACUCGAAAGUCAUAA